AUGGAUAUAACCACUAUAUUAAACAAAAAGGCCUCCGUCUCCAUCGUCGCCGCAGACGUCCACCAGCUCCAGCAGCACCUCGCCCAGGCCACCGCCCAGUCGCAGACAGACGAUGCCGUAAAGUCCAGGUCGCCCUCGGAGCUCGGCGCCUCAGAGCACCACCGCUCUGCCUCUGCGCCCCCCAGCGAACACCACCACCAUCACCACCACCACCAGCCGACCUCCAGCUUCCCCUCGUCCACCCAGUCGCUGCCGCAGAUGGCCCACCUCGCCCAGUACCACGUCCAGGCCCAGGCUAACCACGCCAGCACCUCUCCGGGCUACGCUCACAGCGCGCAUGGCUCAGACUACGGCAGGAGUACCACCAGCAUGAGACCGACUGGCCUGCCCGCCCUCAAGACCUUUCACUGCCAGACCUGCAGCAAGGGAUUCGCCAGGAGAAGCGACCUCGCCAGGCAUGAGCGCAUUCAUAGUGGGAUUCGACCGCACGCGUGUGACUGGCCCGGCUGCGGUAAACAGUUCAUCCAGCGCUCGGCCCUGACCGUCCACACCCGCGUCCACACCGGCGAGAAGCCUCACAUGUGUGAUCGCUGCGGCAAGCCCUUUAGCGACUCCUCCUCGCUCGCCAGACACCGCAGAAUCCACUCCGGCAAGCGGCCAUACAAGUGUCCCUACGCCAACUGCCAAAAGACCUUCACUCGCCGCACAACCCUCACCCGCCACCAGAACCACCACACCGGCACCAUCGAAGAGGCCGCUGCUGAGACAGAAGCAAACCUCCGUCACAGCAAAGACCGCUCCACCACCAGCAGACCCUCAGAGUACUCUGAACCGGGCUCCGCUCACUCUACUCCCUCGCCCGCCCAGCGCCCUUCUCUCUCCCCGGGCAACGAGCUCCCGCCCCUAAACCUCUCCUCCCGCCCACCAGCGGCUGGUGGCCCUACUUCCGCCGGUGGUGCUGCAGACUACUACACCUCUCUCCCGCCCCAUCUCAGAACGGACUUUGCAAACUCCAGUCCUCGCGCCUCGCCCACUUCCCCUUCGCCAACCCUCACCAGCCUCUCCGGUCCCGCCUCCUUCCACCACCACCACAACCACAACAGACCGUCCCUCACCUCGCACCCGUCAGGCUACGCUCCCCCACAACCCCUCGAACCGCCUGCAAACAGCGACCCCAGACCAAACAGCGUCGCCGGCAGCCCUCAUCUGUCCUCUGUCGGCUGGGCGUCCCCGACUCUAAGCAGCAUGCCUUCUCCCAGCUCUGCCUCUGCCCCGGAAUAUCCUUACCCUGAACCCUCAAACCAUCAAUAUCCCGGCAGCAUAACGCCGCACAUGUUCUUCCCGCGACGACCUCAAUCGUCCGAGCCAGAGAACUACGAGCUGAAACCGAAGCUCGAGCUCUAA